CCCCCCCCCCCCCAUCAACCAUCUCUUUCACCACAACUCCAACACUCCAUCGCCCGUCAUGUCGUUCCAUCCUUCCGACUCGACCACUCCUAACGUCCUCUACUCCCGUUCCCUCCUAGCCUUCCGAAGCUGCGUACAAUGCUCCUCCUCAGCGCCCGCUUGCCCGACCUGCGAUGAUGGCUACACCUGUACGAUGGUCAGUCAAUCUUGCACUCAGUGCGCGACCACCAAAUGUGUCAAAUCUCCAACCAGCGGAGAUUCGGGGUCCUCCAAUAAUUCCGGUGGCGGCGGGACAGACGCCGGUGCUAUCGCAGGGGGUGUGGUCGGUGGUAUCGCCUUCAUCGCGAUAGUGACCUUCUUGGUAUGGUGGUUCUUCAUCAGGAAGAAGCGCAAGGAACAACAAGAGGCAUCCGAAGCCGAAAAGUCCAGCGUGGCUGCCGACACGAGACAGUCCAGGAAGUCCACGAAUUCGAUCGCCUCUACCGUUCUUACUCGCGCCUCGAACGUGAUCCAAAUCGCUUACAUCCCUGGUGUCACCAAUCGCUCGCCCCCAGAGACUCCUGGGAGUCUGGUGCCCCCGGUUCCACCGCUCCCUGGUGCCCACCCCGACCAACAUUUCUUCAUGCCUGGCGACCUUCGUGAUUCGGCCUGGUCGGAAAUGUCCAACGAGCGUCGCAGCAUCGCCCCUAGUCUACGCAGCAGCGUGGCCACCACCAUCUACCGCAACAACGCCAUCGUCAGUCCGAUGCCGGCGCAACAAGUGAUGCGCACGCGUGCCGCCGUGGUCAACAUCAAUGGAGCCAACAGCGAUGCUCCUGCAGUGCCGGCCAUUACCCAAGCCCAGCUGGCCAAGGCCGGCCUUUCAGCGGCCACCACCAACAGCUCGAUCGUGGCGCGGACGGUGACCGCCAAACCAGUCAUGGUUCGAGGCGCAUCGAAAAAGAAGAAGGAAACCACCAAUGGUCCCACCGGCGUGCAGACCAUCGAGGAGCAGUCCGAAACCACCAGUUCCAACGUGUCUCGAUCCACCAGCACCAAGCAAUCAGACCCAGUCCCGACGUCCGGAUUCGACGCCAGUUCAUCCGAUGAGGAAGAGACUCCCAAGCGUUCUAGCCAGGCCCGCAGCGACCACGCUCCUGAGGCCGCUAAGACCGAUGCGCAGUCGCGUCCCGCCACCGUGAUUGAAGAUUCGCCCGCCGUCAGCCAGAGCCCAUUCCAGGAUCAUGCCCGGGCCGAACCCAGCGCCCGGGCAUCCUCACUCCUCGAGACCCCGGAAGGGACCCGCUCGAACCGAAGCAGCCGACACAUUCCACCGCGCGUGGAAAGCCCUUUCUCGGAUGCGAAUGAGGUGAAAUGAACGGCAUGACUCUGCCUUUCGAUGAACGUUUUUAUGGGACCCCAGACCAUCUAUCCUUUUGAUUUUCUACUUAGCUGGCGACAUUGGCGCAAUGGAUACCACAUACACAUCAUCCUGUGGCGCAGAGCCGCGGGAGUUUACUUUCUCUGUAUCUAUGAUUAUACAUUUAUGUUUCGGCGAUCUUGCUGCUAUUGGGCGAGAUUGCAGGAACGGUUGAUAUUUUAAGGUGUGGCUAUCAGACUGAAUCAACUAAAAAUAGUACGCACUGGAAGCUGUACCGAGAAACCAGCCAGACCAAAGGAGUCUUU